AUGCUGUGCUGGCUGAAGGGUUUCGUGCUACCCCAGGCGGCCUGCCAGAACCGUUCCUACAGCCUUUACGAGGCUCUAUUUGAAGAGCUGGACCACAAUGGGGAUGGGGUGGUGGACAUCGUGGAACUUCAGCAGGGGCUGAAAGGCUUGGGUUCCUGGUUUUCCGUGGGCUCAGAGCAGGUAAUUUUAAAAGCUGGAGAUACCAACAAAGAUUCAGAAUUGGACUUUGAAGAAUUUACGCAGUACCUUAAAGACCAUGAGAAAAAAAUGAGGCUGGCAUUUAACAGUCUGGAUGCAAAUAAUGAUGGAGUAAUUGAAACUUCGGAAGUAAUUGGUGCUCUGAAAUCACUGGGUAUAAACGCUUCUGAAGCUCAGGCAAAAAAAAUUCUGCAAAGCAUUGAUAGUGAUGGAACUUUGACAGUGGACUGGGAUGAAUGGAGGAACUACUUUUUAUUGAAUCCUGCAUCAGAUAUGGAUGAUAUUAUUCAUUUCUGGAAGCGUUCUACUGUAAUUGACAUAGGAGAGAGUAUAGCUAUUCCAGAUGAAUUUUCUGAACAAGAAAAGCAGUCUGGAGAUUGGUGGAGGCGUUUGGUGGCAGGAGGAAUGUCUGGCGCGGUCUCACGAACAAGUACGGCUCCGUUUGACCGCUUGAAAGUCAUGAUGCAGGUUUAUAGCUCAGAGUCAAGGAGAAUGAGAUUGAUUGGUGGAUUCGAGCAGAUGGUAAAAGAAGGAGGAGUUAUUUCUCUUUGGAGAGGAAAUGGUGUAAAUGUUUUAAAAAUUGCACCAGAGACAGCACUCAAGUUUGGUGCCUAUGAACAGUUUAAGAAAUGGCUUAGUUUUGAUGGUGCUACAAUAGGAAAUCUUGAGAGAUUUAUAUCUGGUUCAUUGGCUGGCGUAACUGCACAGACUUGUGUAUAUCCAUUGGAGGUUCUAAAGACCAGAUUAGCUGUAAGUCAAACUGGGCAGUAUUCAGGAAUGCUUGAUUGUGGCAAGAAGCUUCUGAAACAAGAAGGUGUUAGAACCUUUUUUAAAGGUUAUACUCCAAAUGUGCUAGGCAUUAUACCUUAUUCAGGCAUAGAUCUUGCUGUUUAUGAGCUUUUGAAGAAUUAUUGGCUAGAACAUUAUGCAGAAGACUCUGUAGACCCUGGGAUAAUGAUUUUGUUGGGAUGUUGUACAUUAUCUAAUACUUGUGGUCAGUUGGCCAGCUUCCCUUUGAACCUAAUUAGAACUCGAAUGCAGACUCAAGCCCUGGUGAAAGGAGGACCAACACCUUCUAUGAUUCAUCUCAUUCAAGAAAUAUAUCACAAAGAUGGAAAAAGGGGAUUUUUCAGGGGUAUUACCCCAAAUCUCAUAAAGGUGCUUCCUGCAGCAGGCAUUGGUUGUGUAGCCUAUGAAAAAGUGAUACCCCACUUGGGAUUAACCUAG